GCAAAAAGUCGUAGUGGAACUUCCCUACGAUCUACAAACGUGGCGUUUUACGGUUCCAGUCCCUGCUGAGCUGGGAGAUGUCGGCUGCGGGACGGCCCGAGCCCUUGCGUCCUCCCAACGGCUUUGCGAAGCGGCUCCUGGUGACCGGGGGUGCUGGUUUCAUUGCAUCACAUGUGAUUGUCUCCUUAGUAGAAGAUUAUCCAAACUAUAUGAUCAUAAAUCUAGACAAGCUGGAUUACUGUGCAAGCCUGAAGAAUCUUGAAACCAUUUCUAAUAAACAAAAUUACAAAUUUAUACAGGGUGACAUAUGUGAUUCUCACUUCGUGAAACUACUUUUUGAAACAGAGAAAAUAGACAUAGUACUACAUUUUGCUGCACAAACACAUGUAGAUCUUUCAUUUGUCCGUGCCUUUGAGUUUACAUAUGUUAAUGUUUAUGGCACUCACGUUUUGCUAAGUGCUGCUCAUGAAGCCAGAGUGGAGAAAUUUAUUUAUGUCAGCACAGAUGAGGUCUAUGGAGGCAGUCUUGAUAAGGAAUUUGAUGAAUCUUCUCCCAAACAACCUACAAAUCCUUAUGCAUCAUCUAAAGCAGCUGCUGAGUGUUUUGUACAGUCUUACUGGGAACGAUACAGGUUUCCAGUUGUCAUCACACGAAGCAGUAAUGUUUAUGGACCACAUCAAUAUCCAGAAAAGGUUAUUCCAAAAUUUAUAUCUUUACUUCAACACAACAGGAAAUGCUGCAUUCAUGGAUCAGGGCUUCAAACAAGAAACUUCCUUUAUGCUACUGAUGUAGUAGAAGCAUUUCUCACUGUCCUCAAAAAGGGAAAACCCGGUGAAAUUUAUAACAUUGGAACCAGUUUUGAAAUGUCAGUUCUCCAGCUUGCCAAAGAACUAAUACAACUGAUCAAAGAGACCAAUUCAGAGUCUGAAAUGGAAAACUGGGUUGAUUAUGUUAAUGAUAGACCUACCAAUGACAUGAGAUAUCCAAUGAAAUCAGAAAAAAUACAUGGCUUAGGAUGGAGACCUAAAGUGCCGUGGAAAGAAGGAAUAAAGAAAACAAAAUUUUACGUGUUUGAUAGCUCAUUCUGGCAACAGUAUGAAAGAUAAAUAUAAAGGAAGGCAAGAUUGAACUCCUGCAGGGAUCCAAGUUAUGAAGUUAUUGCAGUCAAUCAGGCUGGUGAUGAUAAGGCCGGAAGCACAGCACUGCAAACAGGUAGCAUCGGCGACAGACGUGGGAACUCUUCAGAUUAAAAAAACUCGUUGAUUGAUGAUUCGUGGGAGGUGCACUCUCUUGGGGGGUAUUUUAAGGUUUUGAAUAUCGAAUUGGAAAGAGUCGAGAAUGGUAAAUCACAUUUGGGAGAUGAUGAGCUUUAGGGAUCUGUGGGAUAUCCAAAUGGAAGUAUUUAGCAAACAAACUCAUGAAUCUGAUGUUCAGAUUGGUGGGUAGGGUUUGAGAUCUACAGAUACAUAUUUGGGAGUUAAAUGGCAAUUAAAACCCUAAGAGGGGUUUAAAUCACCCGAAAGAGAACGUACAAAAUGACAAAGUUGAUGGUGGGCGGUGUGAUUCAUUGGCAAGCCAUGAGAAAUACCAGGGUUUUAAUUGCAGGCAAGAAAGCCAGGGAGAAGAUUAAGAGGAAAUCGUUUUUCAACAAUAAAUAAAAAUAGAGGAGUAGAAGAGAACAGGAGGAAAUAACACCACAGAAGCCAGUGGGACAGACAUAUAAUAACAAGCAGGUGUCCAGUUGAAGUUCAGUAAGGCAAAGACUUGAAAAGCACCCACUUGCUCCAGGCACGCUGCAGGCAAAUUUUCUAGGGUCGUUUUAGUGGAGUGUGGGGUGAGGGAGAGGGAGAGCAUCUGGAUAAUAAAGAAUUGAGUAGUGAUUAGGAUGGAGGAAUGGAGAAAUGGAAUUCAGACCCGUCUCUGCCCUCUCUCUAUUUGCUUAAAAGCAGGACAUAAAGUUGUAAAGAUGUCCCCCCUUCCCUCCCUACCAGGAAGGACAGAAGUUAAUCCCCAGAGACAACUGUACACCCUGAUCAGCCCACAAAUGGCACCAGAGGAAUCUACGUAACAAACUUUACUAACCAGUUUUUUUUGUUGUUUUUUUAAAUGUAUUUUUGGCUGUGUUGGGUCUUCGUUGCUGCACGUGGGCUUUCUCUAGUUGCUGUGAGCGGGGGCUACUCUUCAUUGCAGUGCACGGGCCUCUCAUUGCAGUGGUUUCUCUUGUUGUGGAGCAUGGGCCCUAGGCACGCAGGCUUCAGUAGUUGCGGCACGCGGACUCAGUAGUUGUGGCUCACGGGCUCUAGAGCACACGCUCAGUAGUUGUGGCACACGGGCUUAGUUGCUCCGCAGCAUGUGGGAUCUUCCCAGACCAGGGCUCAAACCCGUGUCCCCUGCACUGGCAGGUGGAUUCUUAACCACUGCGCCACCGGGGAAGUCCGCUAACCCGUUUUAUCUAUUAAGAUAAGUUCCCUUUAUCCAUUACUUUCCCUAUCUAUAUAUUUACCUUCCCACAAUUUGCUACCCUAGAAACUUGGUGUUUUUCUUUUGUCUUGUUACUUCUCUACAAAUUUAUUGUUCUUUUGUAAGAUACAAGCCCCAGUUCCAACCACCUUUUUGAGUUACUCAUCACUGGGUACUUCCAUGAGUAUAUGCAAUGCACAGGUUAAUAAACUUCUGUUUGCUUUUCUCUUGUUAAUCUGUCCUUUGUUAGAAUAAUUUUCCAUCCAGGGAACCUAAAAUAAUGGGUAAAGGGAAAACAGAUUUUUUUCCCCCUCUACAUCCCCAAAAUUCUCUUUAUAGGUUGUUUUUUCUUUUCUUUGUUUUGUUUUGUUUUCCCUGUACCAGGCUCCAAUAAAGGUCCACACAUUACUUUGGGUUAUGUCUUUUUAAUCUCUUAAAUGUAGGGCUCUAUCCCCAUCUUUUUGAUUUUGUUUUUCAUAACAUUGGUAUGUUAAAGACAGCAGGUCAGAUGUCUUAGAGAAUGUCUCAUACUCUAGAUUUGUCUAGUUAUUUUUUCGUGGU